AUGCCCUCACUGUCUGUCAUAUGGUGCUCACUGAUAAGCCUGACCCUACAACAAAGCUGCACUACUUGGAAUACAAGGUGGAGUCCCUGGAUUAGUAUGAGGAAGCAGAUGAGUGUCAUCAUUCAUGCUCCCGAUGGCAGGAUCAUUCUGUACUGCAAGGGUGCUGACACCAUCAUCUACAAGCAGCUUUUGCCUGAUGUCAAUCCAGUGUUGAAGGAGAAAACAACCAAAGAUGGGGACAUGUUUGCAAAUGGUGGUCUGAGGACAAUGCAGAAGACGGUACUGGGUCGCUCAGAGGGAUUAUUAUACUUAUCAUUACAAUUAUAA